CUCAUAUCCAAUGAUCUCUGAUGUUCAUUUGACUGUUGGUAGACUUAUUCGCUAUUUUGAUUAUUUUAUUGAUAACAGAUCACAUUUGGAUGAAGAGUGUAUAAUUGCAGACUCUAUACGUUACAAAUUAAAUAAAUACUGGUCUCUUCUUGAUGAAAAAAUUACAGUGGCUGCAAUUCUUAACCCAUCAUCAAAACUUAAAAUGUUUUUACCUGGUGAAAAAAGAACUGCAGCUAUUACUA